GGCAUUUCAAAGAAUGAUUUAUUUUGAAAUGUGCAACCGGAACUUCAUGGAAAUACUCUUAGCUAGCUCGACAUCCUCACGGUCUCAACGUCUGUGAAUUUUGAAGUAGAUUUUGAGGAAGUCGAGUGAUGAUGAUAAUGUUGCUUCAAAAAUAGACUGAAAAGGAAAGAAAUUCAACGAUACUGUCUGGAGGAACACUAUCUGCCAGGUCUGUACCAGGAUGUUACUUAAAUUACUGCUGGGCUUCCUGUGGGGCGUCAGAGCUUUGGCCACAGAAAACAACACGGCUCAGCAGGGUCCUCCACCACUGCUGCUGGUGUCAUUCGAUGGUUUCCGAGCAGACUACGUGAAGAGGUUCCCCAUGCCGAACCUGAAGCUCCUGUACAGUCAAGGGGUCCUGGUGGAGGAGCUCACCAACGUCUUCAUCACCAAGACGUUUCCCAACCACUACAGCCUGGUAACAGGGCUGUACGCUGAGUCUCACGGUAUUCUGUCCAAUAACAUGUACGACCCCAUCAGCCAUAAGAACUUCCACGUUGGCGAUGGCAAUGACACCGACCCGGCGUGGUGGAGUGAGGCGCAGCCCCUCUGGCUCACCGCGCUGGACUCAGGCUACAAGACGGCGGCCGUUAUGUGGCCCGGCUCUACUGUGGCCAUCCGCAACCGCACAGCGUCACACUUCCUUCCAUACGACUCUCAUGUUACAUUCCAGCAGCGACUGAGGAACGUCACAAACUUUAUGUUGGGAGACGAAAAGGAGAAAGGGGUGAUGUUCGCAGCUCUCUACUGGGAAGAGCCAGAUUGGUCAGGUCACAUUUUUGGCCCGGACAACUUCACUGCCAUGAGCGCUGUGCUGAAGGAGGUUGACAACAACAUAGGCCUGCUGAUUUCCGAGCUGAAGCGGACCGGCCUCUGGGGUCGCGUCAACAUCCUGGUAACCAGUGACCACGGCAUGGCUCAGUGCUCUGCCGAGCGGCUCAUACAGCUGGAUGACUGCCUUCACCGCGACAACUACACACUGGUGGACCUCUCACCUGUUGCAGCCCUCAUCCCACAUAAAGACCCAGAGGCCACCUUUGCCCUGCUGAAUAAGUGCCACCCCAAUAUGACAGCCUAUUUGAAAUCAGCCAUCCCUGAUAGGCUGCACUACCGGAACAAUGAGCGCAUCCAGCCAAUCAUACUGAUUGCUGACGAAGGGUGGACUAUAGUGCAGCGAGGGAAGCUUCCAAGAUUGGGCGAUCACGGCUACGACAACUCCCUUUCCAGCAUGCACCCCUUCAUGGCAGCGUCGGGGCCCAGCUUUCGCCAGGGUUAUCGAAUCGGCAGUUUACAGAGCGUGGACAUUUACCCACUCAUGUGCCACCUGCUGUCGGUGCCCCCGCAGGCCAACAACGGCACGCUGACCCAGGCUAGGUGCCUGCUGGCGGCUGAGACCUGCUGGGAUACCCCUCUGGUGAUUGGCCUGGUGGUGGGGGUCCUACUGGUACUCAGUGCAAUCACAGUUCUGUUCAGGUUGCUGAGCCGACGCCGCACGUCAGGCCCCCGGCCCUUCCAGAGGCUACAGGUUGACUACGACGACGACGACGACGACCCCCUGUUGGAGUAAACCAGUCCGUGCCGGGUGCUCCACAUUAAUCUGUGUCAACUGUUUAUGCUCAGAGGUAUUUUGCACUUUACUCACAGAGGCUGCUGCCCUAGCUUUCACGCUGGCCUGUGUGUGUGUGCUGUAUGUGUGUUGCUUAUGUGCACGUACACACAAGCAGCAGAAAAACCUGUUUUAAAACCUUUGAGGCCUACUGUCAAACGUCUAUAAAUAGUGAAAACUGUUGUUGUCACU